AUGUUGAAUGAAAGCGAGAAUAAUUCCGAAACCUCCUCGAUAUCGGACGAAAGUUUAAUGGGGGGUACUUUGGGGUACCAAUCUUUCAUCAGUAACAUAAAUUAUGUUGCAAACCAUGUAGACUCGAUCAUGGAUGUAGAUGUCCUUACCGCUGCAGGACAGCCCUUGAGUGCUAGCAUUAGUAGAGAGCCCAAAAUAGAGGAAUACCUUCAGCUGAUAGAGGUUGAUAGAACCUCAUCCUAUUUACAGGAGCAAGUUGAAGAGCAGCAAGCUAAGUCACAGUUACAUGAUCAAUCUAUUACUCCGUCGGAUGGAAACCAGUAUGAGCGACCUAAGCUUUCCGUAUUGAAUGGGUAUAUGCUAAAAACAAAAAUUUCUCAGGAUUUAAAAACUGAUUUAUUUUACCAUGCUAUAGACAUUAGAACUGAAGAAAAAAAGGAAGUGGUAUUAAGAAUUUCAUUACCCUAUUCAAAUACGACGAACAUUCUCGGAAUAUUUAAUGAAUGGCACAUUCUUUCCGGACCAAACUCAUCGAGAAGACAUCCACUUUGGGGAAAUAACACAUUGAGUAACGAAUUCAUCAGGGGUGAAGACUUUUCUGCUACAUUCGAUUAUACUAGGGAUGAUAUUGUUAACCAAGUAACAUUACCGCAAGGUAUAGAUGGAAUACUAUAUCCAAUACAUGCAUUUUGCUUACCUUAUUUUAAAAAUGGUAAACACAAGCUGUCCAUGAAUAGGCUAGUUCUUGUAUAUGAGAACAAUGACUACGCAAGAGUGGGUACAUAUUAUAGGAAUUAUGUACUGGAACACAAGGAGGAAUUAGAAACCUAUAGAAUACCUCAUUUUCAAGCUGGCAAAAUGCAUAAAUUAUCAACAAGACCAAGGACAGGAACAUUCAAUAGUAUCGGUAGUAAUAAUCUAGCCAUGAAUUUAGCAGCUAUGGAUCUACACACUCAAACUCAUGACCUUAAUUUCAGGGAGGAAUAUCCAGACAAUACUGUAGCAUCUACUGCAACAACUGUUUUAUCGACUAAUUUUUCACUUCCUUCGAAAAACAAUACGCCUAUUACCCCCUCUUCUGCGAAUGGAAUAUUUGAAGAUUUACAACUUAAAGUAAGGCAAUUUCCAAAACACAUUAUUACUGUUGUUGAAAUCGUGGACGAUAUCAUACAUGUUUUGAAAACUUUGAGAAUAGUACACGAAUUAGGGGUGAUUCAUAAUGGCCUUACAUCUACUAAUAUCCUUAAAUCGACAAAAGGCUUGUUAAAGGACAAAAUUGUGUUGACUGGUUGGGACUUCAAUUGUAGUAUCCAACCAGAAGAUUGUUCAUAUGGAUAUAGGAAAAGUCAUUUGAGGCAGGUACCUCAAUUAUUACCGUAUUUAUCUCCCGAAUCUACUGGGGAGGCAAAUAUAUCGGUAGAUUAUAGAUCUGACUUUUACUCACUAGGAAUAAUAAUGUAUGAGUUAAUUGUCGGAUGCCUCCCGUUUCAAAGUGAAAAGCCUGCAAAUUUAAUAAGAAUGCACAUAUUGCAAAAGCCAAUAGCCCCUCACUUACUUGCUGGAGGUUGGGUCUCUGAACAGCUUAGUGAUAUUAUUCUACGUCUCCUUGAAAAAAGGCCCGAAGACAGAUUUACAGACUGUGUUUCAAUUAUAAACAAUUUGGCCCAGGUUAAGAAUUCGUAUAUUGACUAUAUUUUCAACUGCUCAAGCAUCUUAUUCGAUUACUGGAGCAAGCAUGAUCAUUUCUCUCGAUACUUAAUUAAAGAAGAAAUCUUUGCUCCUAAUGAGUACCCUGGCAAUGGAAGUCCAACAAUGUUUUUAAUCCCCAAAAAGGUACUUGGAAGAAAGGAAGAGUAUAUCAAUCUUAACAAAGUCUAUGAAUCAGCGGGUAACGGUGUCAACAUGAUAUUAAUUACUGGAGAAGAUGGAGUUGGUAAAUCUACAAUGAUGCAAGAUUUAAGACUUGCCCCUCUAUCCAACUCAGAGUUUUAUUUUAACUGGAAGUUCAAUGACUACGAUUCCAAUACUUCGGUAUACCAAUGUUUGAUACAUGGGAUUAGGUCCAUUUUUCAGCAAAUUCUUGCCACAUCACUGACUGCUAUUACCAGAUGGAGAGAUAUGAUACUUUCUAAAAUCAAUUCAGAUCUAUCAGUAUUAUUCACCACAGUUCCAGAAUUAAAACAAAUUUUGGGUGUCAAGUAUAGCAGCAUAUACGAAAAUGAGAAGAAUAGGACCAGUAAUACAUGUGCAACUACACCAUUAAGUCAAAAUUCUGACUUUAAUGAUUAUUUCGGUGGUCAUCAUGAAGAUAUUACUUCUUCCGAAUAUAGUCUUAUAAUUGGAUCAAAUGAUCAAACGUUAAAUCUUGAAAUAAAAUUUAAGCAUAUAAUUAAAGUGCUUUACAGCUUGUUUGCAUUAGAUGGUUAUACUGUUUUUCUUGAAGAUAUGCAAUGGUGCUCGAAUAAAGAAUGGAGUAUGAUCGCUGAGACGUUAGAAUAUUUCACUGCAAGUAACAUCCAGGAUGAUAUCUCAGUGAAGUUAGUUGCAACCUUCGGAGUGACAGACAUUUUGGCUUCCGAAACUUCUCCAAAGAUUGAUAGGCUGCAAUUAUUGGAGUAUAUAUCAAGUACAAAUAUAUCGCUUCAUUGCAUAGAUUUGAAGAAUUUGCAGAAGGGUUACUACAAGAAAUUUAUAGAAUCAACUUUGAAGGUUAAUUCUCAUCAAAAUUCAAUCAGAGUUAGAACAGAUAUGAGUUUGAAUACCUCAUCUAGUAGUGAUAAUAGCAGUGUAGUGGAGGGGUUCAGUCCAAUUAAGGAAAGUAAUAGUGGAAAGUCAAUCAAUUCCUCAUCAACAAGCAGCACUCUAUUAUCUUCAUAUAGUUCAUUCCACCCUCCGACUCUCAAUACACCUACCUCAAAAGAUUCAAAGAUAGAAACGUUGACAGACUUAUUGUUUACGAAGACAGAGGGAAGCAUUUUAUAUACCAUAAUGUUUUUUAGAACUGCUUACUUAAAGGGAUUAAUUCAAUUUGACAAAUGUGAUGCUAGAAGAGAACAGAGAUGGGAUAUAACAUAUGAACCAGAGCUCUUCGGUAUCUCAAAGAAAAAUAUGAUUAAAUACUACCUUGAUGUUGCUCUUUCUAAGGAAGCAAGGUCUUUGAUGAAAUUUGCCGUAAUUGCAGCUAAGGGGAAUCACUUUUAUCUUUCUGACUUACUGGUGGUGUCUGAUUUAGCGAUCAAAGAGGCAGUUCAAUUGCUUAACUUGUGUUUACAAACUAAAGUUAUCGUCUCAGGAAACACAAUUUACAAGUUUCCUUUCUACUUACUGGGAUCCGACCGAGCUUCUGUUCAGAAUCGUAGGUCAAUAUCGGAUGAUGAACUUUUUGGGCUUUCGGAUAGUGAAAUUUGGCAAAUUGCAACCCAAACUCGUUAUAGAUUUGUUCAUGAUUCAAUUAGUAGAGAAUUGCACCAAGAAAUGAUCGAACUUGGUGAAAUAGAGCAAUAUCAUAAAAAAUGUGGUAUGCGGAGCUAUAAAAAGUACGUAAAGGAUAAUAAGCUAAGCAUAUCACAAUAUUUAAUCAUGGCAAAUCAUUUCGUUUUAUCUUCGGAAACUCCAGCCACACCUGAAGAAGCCUCUAUGUACUUUGAAGUUUUAGUUCAAGCUGGAAUUUAUGCAUCUUCAACCCAGAAGAUGGAAUUAAGCUUAUUAUUGUUUGAGACGGCCGAUAAAUUUAUAGAUCUGAAAGAUCAUAAAAGAAAGUUAAAAAACCUUCUUACGAUAUGUCAAGUCCAUUUUUAUUUGAAAAAUUAUGAAACGUGCUUAGAUAUAAUAGCUAAUUCUGAAAAGGAACAUAAAGGGAUAGACACAACAAUGUUCGUAUUACCUAGAAUACGAUGUCUCUUCCUGUUAGAGAGAUAUCAAGAAGGUAUCGAUGCUGCCAUUGCUGGACUUUCCUUCGUCAAGGAAGUGGAAGUUAGCUCUGAUCCCAUCAAAAAUAGCAAGAUUGCCGAAAAGUUAUCUAACAAAAUCCCAUUAUCAGUACUAGAAAUUAGAAAACUAGUUCAAAAAGAACGAACGACAAACUCUAGAAUAUUACUCAUUUAUGAACUCAUAAGUGAAAUUAUAAUUCCCACAUAUAUUAUCAACGAAGAUAGUUUGAGACAUUCCCUAGCAUCUCAAGCUAUCUUACUUAUGCAUGAAUAUGGGGUUUCUCCAUACUGUGCCCUUCCACUCUUAGAAUAUGCAAAUUCGUUCAUUCGAAACUAUGAUGAGUCUUCAUAUUUGAAAGUAUUGGAAUUCAGCAGAUUAUCUCUUAGUCUCGUGGACUCUGAUAAUAGAGUCAGCUUUUCAUACAUACAACGAGUUUAUGAAGUAUAUAUAACUGGGGUGGCUACAUUGAUGGAACCUGUUUCUGAAGUUCUCAAGUAUUACGACAUUUAUAUAUCAGAUACUAGGCCUUUCGUCAAAGCAAUUUCAAAUUCUUACGACUCUCAAAAAGUCGCCUCUAAGAUGCACUUAUUAUAUUUAACUGGUCAUUCUGUGAGUGAUAUUGUUGCGUAUGGGGUGAAGAAUAUUUCCUCAUCUGGAAAUUAUAUGAGACAAGACGUUAAUUUUGUUCAAUUGCAAGGAUUUAGACUACUCCACGAAGAUAUAACGUAUGAAGAAUUUACGUCUCAAUUUGAUAUCGUCGAAGGAUGUCCAAGAGACUUCAGUUAUUGCUACUACAUGGUUUGUUUGUUUUGGUUUAUCAUGAAUUCUAAAUAUGAAGAUGCAGGUGAAAUUUUGUAUCUGAAGAUAGGUGACAUGAUUGAUGACGUGCCGUUUAUGUUGAUGCAUUUGCAGUAUUUCUUCUACGCUGCAAUGGUUUUAAGAGUUCGACCAUCGACAGUCCCAGAAUACUAUAGGCAGUCAAUGUUGGAUAAAAUUAACAACUUUUUUAAUGUUUGGAAUUCCAACUGCCCCACUAACUUUAGAACAAAGUACUUGCUAGUUCAAGCUAUGGCGAAACUGGAGGACACGAGUAUCUCUGUGUUAGAUAUAUUAGAUAUCUACGAGGAAGCAAUUGAAUGGUCAGAAAGGUUUGAUAUGUGGCACGACGUUGCAUGGGCCAAUUUACUCUGUGGUACUUGGUUAAUCAAUCAAUACAACAUGAAGAGAGCUAGACCAUUUGUGAACAGAGCUUACACAUUAUUUCAGAAGAGUAGAGAUCAUGCGAUUGUUACAAGGAUAAAGCGUAAGUAUAGUUCAUACAUCGAGGAGUUCAAUUGGGCAGGUUUCCAUACAAAUCAAAAGAGGAAUUUGCUAGUUAACACGGUAAUAUCACCAAGAGUAUCUGCGAAAGGAAAUAUUAUAUCCUCAGGAUCUAAUUUCCCUACGACUCAUGGAAGUAUGAACGAGGUUAUACAAUCUAAUAGUGUGAUCGUCAAUUCGCAACUAAGGAAAGGGGAGAAUUUAAAUGAAAUGUAUCUGCAGCCUAUUGUGGGCCCUAAAUCUAGACACAAAUCUGCUCGAGAUCGAAAUAAUACCCAGAAUAAUGUUGGUUUGUAUGGACCGAUUAAAGUUCACACUCCUAUCGAGUCAAGCUUUGAAGUUAAGGCGUUAAUUCCUGAUACUAGUGACAACAAACUACAGGACGACCCAUCUGAAUUAAACAAGGCAGUGAAUGCUUGUUUGUCAAUUUCAGAAAGUUUAAAUGAUUUUGAGAUAGUUCAAAAGUUAUUAGAGAGUACAAUUCGUUUCUCAACAGCAGAUUACGGCGCAGUUACUUUGAAUAUCAAUGAUGAACCAUUUAUUCUAGCUAUCGGGACCGCUAGUAGCAUUUUUAAGAUAAAUAAUGAACCGCUAAGCUCCAGAACUGACUUAUGUCCUUUGACUUUAGUCAAACAUGUGUUACAAUCAGGAGAAAUUAUAAGUAAAGAGCAGGAUUAUGCCCAAUUUAUAACCAAGUACGGUAAAGAUGACUAUUAUCAUGAAAAUCCUGUAUUUUCAGUUGUCUGUUUUCCCUUGAGAAGUAUCUCGGGUACAUUUGGAGCAUUGUAUCUUGAAAUCCAGGACGAAAGACAAAGCUUGGAUACGAUAACCACCCCAAUAACUCUGGCAUUCGUUGAUGGAAACAAGAGAGACUUAUUGAACUUAUUGUGCUCGCAAGCUGCAGUCUCUUUAGAAAAGGCUAGAUUGUAUACCCAAAUGGAAUACGCUAAGAAAACAGCCGAAGAUGCUACGGCAGAGAAGGCAAGCUUUUUGGCAAAUAUGUCACAUGAAAUACGUACGCCGUUCAAUUCCUUAUUGUCCUGUUCAAUAUUCCUAUUAGAUACCGAGUUAACAUUGACUCAGAGAGAGUAUGUGGAAACGAUCAAAAGCUCUGCAAUGGUAACGUUGAACAUUAUCGAUGGUAUAUUGGCUUUCUCUAAAAUUGAACAUGGUUCAUUCACUUUAGAAAAUGCAAAGUUCUCGUUGAACGAGUGUAUCGAGAGUGCCCUUCAGUUGGUUAGUGAACAAGCAGCUACCAACCAUUUAGAAUUGGUUUACUUUAACAGAUGUUCAGAUAUUGAUUUCGUUUUUGGUGAUGUGACUAGGUUUAGACAGAUUGUUAUCAAUUUGGUUGGAAAUUCAGUCAAGUUCACCAAAGAGGGUUAUAUAUUAGUUGAAACCACUGCAGUAGAAAUCACAAAAGAUAGAUACGAGAUCAUAGUCUCUGUUACUGAUACUGGUAUAGGUAUUCCAAAGGAAUCUCACAAUAAAGUGUUUGGAGCAUUUUCCCAAGUUGAUGGAUCCUCUCAAAGAAUAUACGGAGGAUCAGGCUUAGGAUUGGCGAUUUCUAAGAAAUUAGCUGACAUUAUGGGAGGUUCAUUAACAUUUGAAAGUAGCGAAGGCUCUGGGCUGACUUUUAAGUUUAUUGUAAACGCUCAGGUGGAAGCUUCUAACACCAAGGAAAUAGAAAUUUCAAAGGACGAUACCAAGAACCUUGACUUUGAACCAAAAUCUUUGAUUAUUGAUUUCAAUAAACUAGGAAGUAUCGCUUUAAAAAACUGCUUAGAGUACUUUGGAUUAAAUGUGAGUAUUAUUGAAGAACCUAUGUCAAUAACCUCACAAGAGUACUUGAUAAUAUUCAUUCUUGCUGAUCAAUUCGAUGAAUUCAAAAAGCUAAAUGAUUUGAGCACUUUGAACAGUAAGAUUGUUAUCGUUGCCCAAUAUGGUAAAACAUUACCUGAGGAGUUACACACCAAUUUUGUGAAUUCCAUGCUUUUGAUUCCAUUCAAGAGACUGAAAGUAACUAGCAUAUUGAAAGAUGUUAAGUCCAAGCUUCAAAUUGGUACAAAAACACUCAAUGUUCGCCUUGAUGAUGGAAACGGUCGAAUAGGACUAAAGAAGCGAAUUUCUAGUACUAUAUUAUUGGCAGAGAAGUAUCCGUUGAAAAUAUUGCUUGCUGAAGACAAUAUCAUAAACAUUAAAGUUGCCUUACAGCACCUAAAGAAGCUAGGAUACGUAGCUGAUCAUGCCAAAGACGGAGUGGAAGUUUUGGAAAUGUGCCACGAAUUGGCAAAGUCCAAUGAGAAGUAUGAUAUUAUAUUGUUAGACAUUCAGAUGCCAAGAAAGGAUGGGUUUACGGCGGCGAUUGAACUCCAAGAACAGUUCAAAUCCAAUGGGAAGGAUGAACUUCUUCCAGCCAUAGUUGCAUUGACUGCAAACGUUGCUGGUGAAGACAGAGAGAAAUCCUUGAGGUGUGGUAUGGUUGAUUUCAUUGCGAAGCCGAUUUUGCCAAGUGAACUUAAAAGAGUUCUAACUAGAGUAGGAGAGAGAGAAUUUGUGAAAGAGGAUCUUCACUAA